CAUUUUAUUAAUGUAUAUUUUAAAAAAUCGUAUUUUCUUUACGAUUAACACAUCACUAACAUUUUUUUAAAUUCUUAAUUUUUCUUCAGGUACUUUUACUAAAAAACGUUUAUAUUUAUAACCAUUUUAUCUUUACACACAUAUUUUCUAUAAUGUUUAUCAAUUUCAGUUCCUUCGGCUUCAAAUCGUAAUAAUCUUAAGCGUGUACAUGCGGAAAAUUCGAACGAAGCAGUAAAUGCUAAAAAAACACGCAUGACCUUCGUUAAAACCCCCGGUUUUGUUAAGACUGGUUCAUCGCUCUCUAAUAAAAUCAUUUGGUAUUAUAAGAAAAAUACAGAUAAUUUGAACAACUUCAGCGCAUUUUUAGUAUCAUCAAAAAAUGACUUAAUUCAAUUACUUAAAUCAUCAUCAUCGACAAAACACCCAAUUAAAUUCAACCUGAAACUGGAAGCAACGUACAGCCGGCCAAACGUAGAGAAUUCAGCUGAGAACCGCGCGUUUAAAACUUCAGCUAAAGAAAUUUUUAUGGAUACGGAUAUUAACUCAAUAGUAGAACGAACGUUCGUAAAAUUAUUGGUUGAAGAGGAUGUUUAUACAUCUAAAGGAAGUGGCUUUACAUUGGAAGCCAUAGACGGCUUGUUAUUAGGAGUAUACAAUUACACACCUAUGGGUGGCUCAUCAUAUAUUCCGUUACCAAAUUACAUUAAGAAUAAAAAGGCAGUCAUCAACCCCCAAAACUCAGACCAACAGUGCUUCAAGUGGGCAAUCUUAUCAAGAUACGUUUCGGGUAAUGCCAAAAAUCAAGUGGCUGAAAAUUAUACAUCGCUCGAGGACAAAUAUAAUUUUUCUGGUUUAACAUUCCCAACACCUGUGAGGGAAAUAAAAACAUUUGAAAAAAAUAACCUGAACACGUCUGUCAAUGUAUUUGGAUUAAAAAAAGAAAAGAAUAAGAAACAUAUUGUUUAUCCACUUAAGGUUAUUGAUGAAGAAAAAAAAUAUCAUUUCGAUCUUUUACUAAUUACUGUGGGAGGUAAAAGCCACUACACAUACAUCUCAAAUUUCUCGCGUCUUGUUAGAGCACAAAAAACGUCACAUGUCGGUCGUGUAAUAUUUUGCAAACGUUGCUUUACAUCGUUCGAUAAUCAACCCCGGAAGAAUACGCUAUGUGGACAAGCAGCACUUGAUCAGCAUAAAUUGAUAUGCGGAUCGCACAAACCUAUAUUACCUCAGAUGCCUGAGCCCGGUUCAAUGUUGGAGUUUAGUGCAUGGAACAAAACACAACGCCACCCCAUAGUUAUUUAUGCUGACUUCGAGGCGCUUCUCGUUAAAUGUAACGAGAAAAAAGGAAAAAAUACAACUGUAAUUCAAAAUCAUGAGCCUAUGAGUUAUGGUUUUUUCGUAAAGGUCGAUGACCACAUACCAAAAGAACUGCUUGAAAAUUUUGAAAUACCAACAUCGCCAGUUAUAUACCGCGGAAGUAAUGAAAAUAAAGAGGUAGCAAAACAUUUCGUACAAAGCAUUGUUGAAAUUGCUGAAAAAAUAGACAAACUACUCAAAACCAUGAUACCUAUAAUUUGGACACCUGAACAACAACGAUUACAUGAUGCAUGUACAACAUGUAAUUUGUGCAAAAAUAGGUUUUCUGUGGAAAACCAUAAAGUAGCUGAUCAUUGCCAUCUAUCGGGAAAAUUUAGACAAACUUUAUGUAAUUCAUGUAAUCUCAAGCUUCAACGACCAAAUUUUGUACCGGUUUUCUUUCACAAUUUAACCAACUAUGAUGCUCACUUUUUGGUAACUGAGCUUGGAUAUGACACGAGCACAAUUUCUGUAAUACCAAACAGCGAGGAGAAAUUUAUUUCGUUUUCGAAAUAUAUCAACAACUCUUUCACAAUAAGAUUUAUAGAUACAUUUAGAUUUAUGGCCUCCAGUUUAUCGACGUUAGCCAAAAAUUUAAUAACGCCCGAGUUUGAGAAGUUCAGAGAAACCACAAAAGCAUUCAAACAUAAUGAUAUGAACCUUGUCACACGUAAAGGUGUAUAUCCCUACGAGUUUACCGAUAGUUGGAGCAAGUUGGAGGAGACCCAUUUGCCAAAGAAAGCGGAUUUUUAUAGUACGUUGACUGAAGAACAUAUAUGCGAUAGUGAAUACGAACACGCAACCACAGUAUGGAACCAUUUCAAAUGCAAAAACUUGGGUGAAUAUUCGGACCUAUAUCUUAAAAUCGACAUAAUGCUAUUAGCUGAUGUGUUUGAGAACUUCCGAGACCUUUGUUUGGCAACAUACACCUUAGACCCAGCAUUCUACUACACUUGUCCAGGCUUCUCUUUUGAUGCGAUGUUGAAACAUACUUCAAUGAGGCUUGAACUACUUCACGACUAUGAUACGCUGUUGAUGAUCGAAAAAGGUAUACGUGGUGGUCUUACACAAGCAAGUAUGAGAUACGCCAAGGCGAACCACAAAAAGACUCCAGAUUAUGACCAGGCAAAUCCAAAAUCAUGGUUGAUAUACCAAGACUGUAAUAACUUGUAUGGAUGGGCCAUGUCACAAUACAUGCCAUACGGAGGGUUCAAAUGGGUUGAACCAACACUCCACGGACUGAACAAUUUGACUAAUACUUCACCCGUAGGAAGGAUAUACGAGGUGGAUAUAUCCUAUCCGCAAGAAUUACAUGAUAAACACAACGACUUGCCUUUUCUACCACAGAACGGUAUACCUACUGGUUCAAAAGUGAAAAAACUAAUGGCAACAUUAGAGCCCAAGAAAAAUUAUAUUGUUCACUACCGUAAUCUACAGCAAGCCAUUAAAAACGGUCUUAAAGUAGAUAAAGUACAUAGAGUCAUUGAGUUUAAUCAGUCAGCAUGGUUGGCUGAUUACAUCAACCUGAACACUGAGUUACGUAAGAAGGCCACAAAUGAUUUCGAGAAAGAUUUUUUUAAAUUAAUGAACAAUGCAGUAUUUGGCAAGACGAUGGAAAAUGUACGCCAACGUAUAAAAAUUAAGUUAGUAUCCAGUGAAAAGUAUUUGCAGAAACUUAUAAAUAAGUCCACGUUUAAACACUGCACAACAUAUAACAAAAAUGUAGCAGCUGUGUCGCUAGAGAAUAAGGAAAUUAAAUUUGAUAAGCCAAUAUAUAUAGGUUUUGCGGUACUUGAAAUAAGUAAAACUCUUAUGUAUGAGUAUCAUUACGAUGUCAUGCAAAAACAUUAUGGUAAAAAAAUAGAACUCAUGUAUACAGAUACAGAUUCACUGGUGUACCAUAUUAUUACGGAUGACUUUUACCAGGACUUGGCAAAUAACGCAAACUUGCUGGACAAGAUGGAUACAUCAAAUCUCCCGAAAGACCAUCCGUGCUACAUUCCCGACCGUAAGAAGAUCCCGGGUUUGUUUUCCGACGAGACGGAUGGACUCGUUAUGACAGAGUUUUGUGCGUUACGGGCAAAAUCAUAUGCCUACAAACUUAAUGGGACGGAAAAAAUCAAAGCCAAGGGAAUCCGUGGGCAUGUGGUAAAGUACCACAUGUCAUUCAAUGACCAUAAGAAGUGUCUGUUUGAUGACAGUGAUUUAGACGUUUUCACUCAAAAUGUAUCCAUCCAAUCAUUCAAACACCAGCUCAAGACAAUCAAAUCGAACAAAUUGACUUAUAAUAACUAUGAUGACAAGAGGAUUAUACUUGAAGACAAAGUACAUACCUAUGCUCAUGGACAUUAUAAAUCUGUUUGUUAAUUGUAUUUAUAAAAAAUAUGUAUAUAUGUGUAUUUGUUUUUUUUUUUACAGUAAUAAAAG